AGAGUGUAAGGUGUCUAUACCGUCACCUACGAGUCGAAGCCAUUCUACGGGAUUCUACAGGAUUCACAUACAGGCUUCGACCCAGGAUUCACGGCAAGCCAGGCAAGGCCACGGCUGCCAGCGUAUAUAAGGACGGCCUGGGAUCGACUCGGGGUGCUUCACUCCACCAGACGACCAGGAGAAUCGACCGUGUAAGGAUCAACCCUUACAACCACCAUGUUUGAGAGGAAGGAAGCAGCAAAGCUAUGCACGCCAGCUGUAGGAAUGUCGAUGGUGCUACUGCUGCUCAUCACAGCAACUCAAGCAGACGAAAAUGAAAUUGCGGACAAAAGUCACGAUGUCAAAGACCUGACAGAAGCUCUUCAUGUCAAGCCAGUAGAUGAGAUGGUUAAUGAGCAAAUGAAGUCGGACCUUGGCUUCACACAUUCAUUUGUUGCUACUGUAUCGAUGAUCAUUGUAUCAGAGCUGGGAGACAAGACAUUUUUCAUUGCCGCCAUCAUGGCGAUGAGACACGCUCGUCUUGUCGUGUUUGCUGGAGCCAUCAGUGCCCUUGUCAUUAUGACUGUACUUUCAGCUCUGCUUGGUUUUGCAACUACAAUAAUCCCAAGAACAUAUACCUAUUAUGCCUCAGCUAUAUUAUUUGCAAUAUUUGGAUUGCAGAUGCUUAAACAGGGUUGGUAUAUGUCACCAGACGAGGCAGCUGAAGAAAUGGAUGAAGUACAGGCUGAUAUAAAGAGAAAAGAAGAUGAGCAGCUUCUACAGAACGAGCAGCCGCAGAGAGAUGUGGAGUCUGGCGCGGUGCUCCGGCGCGUCCGACGCAGGCUGUGCCCCUGCUUAUCCUACGUCUUUGUAGAGUCCCUCACACUAACAUUCCUCGCAGAAUGGGGUGACCGCUCGCAGCUUGCUACUAUUGUCUUGGCAGCUAGAGAGAAUAUAGUUGGUGUCAUCCUCGGAGGUUCUUUUGGGCAUUCUUUGUGCACAGGUCUGGCUGUUCUAGGUGGGAAAUUCAUUGCUAGCAAGAUAUCAGUGAAGACAGUGACGUUAAUUGGAGGUGCGGUGUUUAUGCUGUUCGCCAUCUCGUCUCUGUUCCUGGAUCCGGAGAGCUAGUGGGCCAACCGGCAGCCAACCCAUACUCAAGUUGUGUUAUACGAUCACAAUGGAAACCC